AUGAAUGUGGUCACCAGCAUCCCUCUCAUUGUCUGUUUUAACAGCUACGAGUCUGGAAUACUGGAAAAUCCCAAGAGCCAUGUGCCAGCGGACCUGUACCUGAUGACCAAAACCCCAGAGGACGCCCCCAACAGCCCAGAUGGCUGGAGAUGGAGUUUAAAAAAAGGUGUUCCCAUCAAGGUGACCCACUUCAAGGAGGGCAAGUCCAAGGACACACCGCUGGACCUCUUCUCCUACCUCAAUGAGAUGGGAGGGAGGCAUGGAGUUGGGAGGAUCGACAUCGUGGAGAAUUGCUUCAUCGGGAUGAAGUCCAGAGGCUUAGACUGUAAGACCAUGGCGUCCAGCUCCCUGUGUCUUCUCAACAAUGUCAUUAAUACAGUGUGCGGUGUGUCUCUGAAGGAUGAGUGCAGUAUGGACGUGCAGGGAGACUACGAACCGUGUGACGCCUCUGGAUUCAUCAAGAUCAACGCUGUCAGUGCCAGCCAGCCCCCUGCUCCGCCUGCCUACGGCUCCCCAGCUACCUACGGCUCAGCCAGGGUGCAGCGCCACAAUGGGACGACAUGA